GCGCCUUUCAGUCGUCGCCCGAUUCCACAGCGGAGAGCACGUAACAAACAAAACCAAAAUAAAAGAUUGACAAAAAAAACCCACAGCGAACUCCAAACAUUGCGUUUCUCGGCAUCGGCAUCGGAAUCGGAAGUUCUUUUUGGCUUGCGUCGUCGUCGUCGUCGUCGUGACCGAGUUAAAUCGCCGUGCGGUGUCUGGCCACUCAUACAAACGCAUGCUGAGCUGCUCUUGGGCAGCGGACAUCUAUGGGAACAUCAUGUGGCUUGGGUCUGUCAAUCCCAAGGCACAGGUACAACAUAAUCAGCGACCCCAACAACAACAACAACAACAGGAAGAAGAGCAACAAGAGCAACAACAACAAGAGCGACUACAACGCGUUGUCUUGUAUCUGAAAACCUAACCUAAAAAAAAAGAAGAAAAUAAAUCAAUAUUAAUAUUAAUCGCCGCUAACAAAUCGCCUGCUCGAUUGCCCGCUCGAUCGCCUUCAUAAUCUCUAACAACCAAUAUUAUAAAUAUAUGUAUAUCGCAUUUUUGUGUUAUGUUUGUGUGUGUUUUGUUUGUUGUUCGUAAUACCACCCAACCACCAACACCUGCCUGCCGCUAACGAUCAUGCAUAGACCAAAGCUAGCAAAUCCUAUAACUGCUGCCGGUAUUGCCUCAUCCAUAUCAAACAACAACAACAACAACAACAAAUCAAAACGCGCACGUCAAUUCAGCCAGCCAGUAACGGUUAAAGAGUCUGCAGUCGAUUCGUCGUCAUUGCCACUCUACGAAAAACAUUCGCACUCCGCACUAAUUGACGCUUCAAUUGAUUUAGAACAUUACAUCAGCGCCAUGGAGGCACGACGCAACGACAAUGAGCCGGAUGUGUGGGCUCAAUUGCAGCAGAAGGAAUCAGAUAUAUUAUUAGCCGCUGAGCUGGGCAAAGCGUUGCUCGAAAAGAAUGAGGAGCUGGUCAAACAACAGGAGAAGCUAAUUGAGGAUUAUUCUGGUAAAAUUGAGAAACUUGAACAGGAGAAGCAUGUGCUGCGCCAGAAACUGGCCAUAGCGGAGGACGAGAGUGAUCAGCGUGUGCUGGAGCUGCAAUCAGAUCUCAACGAGCUAAAGGACAAGCUGCAGACACAGGAUGUGGCCAUCAGGCAGGCGGAAAAGGAGAAGACCAUACUCAUCGACGAGCUGCAGCAUCAGAAUACACGCCUUACCGAACAGAUACAGGAUGCGCAUGCCACCGAAAUGAAGCUCAGUGCCCAGAUACAGGAGCUCAAGGACCAAUAUCACUACAGGAAUAGCAGUCUACAGGAGCACGUCAACAGCCUGGAGUCCAUUAAAACCGAACUAAACCUCACCACGGGCAAGCGCCAGGAACUGGAGCGUCGUCUGCAGCACGCUCAGGAGGAAAAGGAGAGCCUCACCUCAUCGCUGGAGGAAGCAUCGGACAGAAUUCAUAUGCUGGAGCGACAUGCCCGCGAGCAGGAAACAAAAUUAGAGACCACCUUACAGGCAUUGGAACGCUCUCAGCGUGAGAAUAAUGUACUCAGCGAACGUUUGGGCGCGGACGCCAACUCGAGUACGCCCGGCAAGAAGAGUCUGCAGUUCGAAAUGGAAUGCGAUGAGGACGAGGCCAGCUUCACGGAAUCGGGCAAGCCCAGUCAAAUGUGGGUGGAGGCGCGUUCCGUUUAUAUACAGCUGAAGUCCCUGGUGGACUCGCUUAAAGUGAGCCAUGAUGAUGACUCAGGUCUCAAUUCUGACAUAUCUCUGGAUCUGGAGUCCAUGGACAACACGAUGUCCAGCACGGAGCGCAAUGAUAGCGACCAUAUCGCUAUCGAAUUCAGGCAGGGUAUGCUGUCGGCCAUGUCCGACGAGCUAACACGAUUGCUGCUCAAUUUGGAUGCGGGCAACUUUAAGAAAAUGCUGGACCAAACCCGUAAUCUUGUGCUGGAGCAGGAGGAUGAGAUCAAGCGCAGCCAUCAGCUGAUACAGCAACUGGAGGCCAAGGUCACGGUGACCGAUGUGGAACUGCAAAAUGUAAAGGAAGAGCGAGAUCAGGCACGCGGCGAUCUGGUUGACAACACCGAUCGCGACGAGCUGCUAGCCAAGGCGCAGAAGGAGCGUGAUGCGGCCAACGAGCGUCGCACCAAGGCCGAGGUGGAGCUGGCCAAGACACGCGUCGAGCUGAUGCAGGCCAACAGCCAGCUGCUCGAGUCCAUUCAGCAGAAGGUAGAGCUGUCCCAGCAGCUGGAGCAAUGGCAAAUGGACAUGCAGGAGCUUAUCGAUGAGCAAAUGCGCUCCAAGCUGAUUAACAAUCGUCGCAGCGCUGCCGCCGAGACGACAACAGCGGUGCCCAGCAGCGCAGCGGCCAAUCUCGCCAAGCGUGUGUCCAGCUACAAGCUCUGGAGUUUAUUUCAGCGUUAACUGGACAAAUUUGACGACGCGCUGGAAGAUCUACGCAACUCUUAUAUUCUUAAUGUAGCCGGGCAGAGCCGCACUUUAAAAUGAGCUAUAUAUUUUUAAUAUUUAUACACAAAAGAGAGCCUAGGCAUAUAUACAUAUAUACAUU